CUCGGGAGGCCGAGCGCCGCCUGUGGGUGGCCCGUUUCGCUAUUGCCUUGGAGUGUCCGUCAUACGUAGUUCCGUUGAAUCUGUUGGUACUGCUGUCGCUGCCGCAGUCUCUGCCAUUGUUCUGCCAGCACUCGGUGCAUCCUACCUAACAACUGUAUAACAGAUCGCCUUCGCCAUAGACCGUCCCUUGCUAGGCUUUGGCAUCCUUUCUCCGCAAAAACUUCGCCGUCGCACUCGUUUUCCGUCGGCGCGCCAUCCGUUCGCGUCGCUGCCCUCGCCCACUCCCCUUCUCUCGCUCUCAUUCGCCAUGUUUCGUUCUCUCCCUUCACGUUCGUGUGUUUGAUCUCAUUCGCCCUUUCCCACCGACGACGAACAGUGGCGGACGAAUUAGACGCACGCAGACGGUCAAUAGCAGCGGCUGCAGCAGGUACAGCAUCGGCAACUUUAGCAGAAGCAGGUGUAGCGGCAGCAUUUAACUAAACCUGGAAUUCUACUAGCUGCAAGGGAACUCAUACACUUUGGGUGAACGUUCAGUGUUGUCGGGUGCCUAUUGUUGUGUCGCGAGACAAUAUUUCAACAAUUCUGUGGAAAUAUCGUGUUGAUGGACAUCACCAUUUCGCUGUGCCGCACAUCAGCGACUAAGGAUGGUUUGCCGGAUCAGCUUUUUUUUUCUUGGCCUACGCCAAGGCGUCGGAAGAUCUGGUGGUGUAGAUGCAUGUGGCAGUGAACGACGAAAAGUGCGAUGAGUAGCAGCUGUCGGAGGCGGCUCGGAAGCGAUCUGCCAAACAUAGACACGGUCUACCAGACGCAAAGGCUAGACAUUUGUUGCUAUUACCGACGCUCAACCGAUGCCAUUCUCAGAUGACUCAGUCAGUUCUGAAAAUACGACGACGACAACAACAACAACUGUUAUUGCGCUCCGCGAGCAACUGGGUACCCCGAGGUUGCUGUUGUUGAAAUUUAAUGAUAAGCUGAGUGAGUUCUCAGUAGAAACCGCGGUCCUAGUGAGGUGAUCUCGCUUUCCGUCGCUCCAUAUCGCUCAGGCUGACGGCCAGCAAAUGUAAAGGCAGGUGAAUUCGAAUUACUCAUCGGAGUGCUGCCGUCUACGCGGUGUAGUGCGGUUUGCAGUUGAGAUUGUGCUUGUGUGGUAUAUUUUGCCACUAGCGCAUAUAGUUUUGCACAUUUUUGGAAACAAAUUCAAUGUCGAUUACGAAAAAAACAGGAACGAUAACAGAGCUACAAACAGUGUGUUAUUAUUAGCUCGUCCAGGGAUAAAUAGCCUGAAUCAGCUGCAAAGCCAACCCGUAAAUAAAACCGUAGUAGUACAACGUUACAACAGAAAAGAACGACAAUACUUGUUCAUUGUGUUGGUAUACGUUUUACCUAAAAACAGACCAGUGCUCAUCAUAUUUAAAACCAUGCAAGGGGCACUCAUCGCGGUUCUGUUACUAAUGUGCGAAAAAUAUAGUCAGUCUUGCCAUCGACUUAGGUGAAGCUCUAUGUCCGGAAAACGAAUCCCUUCUAGCUACACCUUUCAAAGUAAGCCACUCUUUACAUCUUCUAAAUGAUACAACGUCGAAUGUUGCGCAUGACCUAGAGGAAAUCCUGCGAUGAACGCGUAACUUGCCGAUCUUUGUUUCUCAAUGUAAUUACGCGACGGCGGUGUGUCUACCGUUGCUCAGCUGUUCAAUGUAAUGCCGCGGUCCACGCUAAUGCCAACGGCCAAAACCAAAAUAACAACAACAGUUGUAACUGUUUUGAGUGUUAACUUUCAUUGGCCCCCACCCCAUUGCAGCAGUAAGUUAACGUGCCGCAAUCUUGUAGAUAGCCGCGGUCGCUGUCGCCGAGCCAGUAGCCGGACGGUGAAAACAGGGUUGACAACAAGCAGAUUUUUUGCCUUUGCUAGCAGCCGGCAACACCGAUUCGACGGCACUGGCGCUCAAGCCCAGAAUCAACAUCAUCAGCAGCGACUCAAACCAGAGUCGAUUCGAUGAAGCACUGAGUAAGCGGGAGUGAGAUGCGGGGUCCAUUUCUCCGGCCAUUGUCGCGACGGCUGGGCCUCUGCCUGGCCCUGUGCUCGCUCUCGACAUUAGCCUACAUUUGUCUGUUGGGCGCGCAACCGCGGUUACAGCUGACUAGCUCGUUAAAUGGAUUACUGGACGACACGACAGGAGGCGACGACGAGAUAGUGCCGAAUGCAGUACCGGGGUCCGGCUACGGUAGCGCCGGGGCUCUGUCUUCCCUCGGGAGUAAUACGGGAGUGGGUGGCGGAAGCGGAAGUUUAGGCGCGGGCGUCCUCAUCGGCUCGCCACGCGAACUCGUCUGCGAUAUUAACGGAUUGCAAAAAAUCCCUUGUCUUCGUGACAGAUCCGAGGUAUAUCUACCGUUUAGCUUUCUGCGCAAGUAUUUCGAGGUGUACGGUAAACUAUCACAGGAGCCCUCUGGGACGCCAGUCUUCCAUUGGCAACAUUCAUAUUCGAAGUACUCGGUUCCGAGCCAGAAGUACCGUGCCAACGGUCCCUAUCUGUGGUUUGGGAACUAUAACGUCGCAGUGCGCGAUCGUGUGAAGGUCAUAUCAGGAAUUGAAGGUGCUAUAUCGCUGGAUGGCGUACCUGUAAGCACUCAAUGGAACUCAUCGGGUCACCUGUACCCAACGCAGAUAGCGCAGUUCGGAUUGAGUCAUUUUAGCAAAAACCUCACCGGCGGGUCUAGUCCUACGCGACGUCUGCCACUUGUGACGCGUGGCCGUUUCGAUGAAAACGUCGAAUGGCGUCCUGCCUCGUUACCUGGUUCAUCGAUUUCAGGGGUGAUAACCCCAGCGACGGACGAGGACACUGGUCGACCAGUUCUUGCAUUCAGUGGGGAUGCCGUUGAAGUGCAUUUUAAAGCGAGUCCCGAUCUCGUCAUCGUCCAGCUCGACCUAUUUCUCGGACAAAACGGCAGCGUCACGGUGCACGUACAGGCAUCCGGGACAACAUACAGCGUUCACUAUAUUCUCAGCGACGUCUUGAUAUCCAGCCGAGGACAGGACGUAUUUGUGGGCGUAGGCGCAGCUCGCAACGCGUGGCGAACACUUACACGAGACGUCUCCAUCGACCUCCGUAAGGGUAUGAUUCUGCAAACGGGUAGCACUGGAAGGCGGGCAUCAAAAACGGCUGCAGCUCUCGUGGGUAAGAGCGUACAGAUUCUCAACAUAGUGUUCCACGGCCAAGGCCGUCUGGGCAGCGCGUCAUUGCUAACUCAGGCUCACGAUGAAUAUUUCUUCGCAGCGUGCAACUACCUCGUCAGACAACAGGACGCCAAUGGAGGUUGGCCCAUAUCCGUUGGUCGGACCCUAGUGGCACCAGAUGUUCUUGUGCUGACUCCUCCCUGGUAUUCAGCCAUGGCUCAAGGUCAAGCCAUGUCCUUGCUCGUUCGUGCUUACCUCGUCACCCGACAGCAAGUCUAUCUUCAGGCGGCACUUCGAGCCCUUGAGCUGUUCAAGAAAAGCUCAAAAGACGGCGGCGUUUUAACGAAGUUCGCCGACCGCUUCAGCUGGUACGAAGAGUAUCCAACGCUUAAGAGUUCGUUCGUACUAAACGGUUUUGUAUAUUCACUAUUUGGCAUCUACGAUGUCUAUAAAGUGAGUAACGACAGUGUCGCUCGGGCCCUCUUUCUCGAUGGUUUUACUAGUCUGAAGCAUAUGCUGCCUCUAUUUGAUACUGGCACGGGGUCGGUUUACGAUCUUCGACAUUUUUCGAUUCCGUCACUAGCGCCCAAUCUUGCACGUUGGGACUAUCAUACCACGCACAUUAGUCAGCUGCUUUAUCUGAACACGAUAGCCCAAUCCAAUGUGCUCGAGAGCACGGCUCAACGGUGGAUCGACUACCUCCAUGGAAAGCGGGCGCCACAUAAUUAAUCGUCAUGAAUGAGUUAGGAAAAAACCAAAAUCAUCCGUUAAAGUAAUAGCUCGAUGACGAAGUUUAAGAGUUAGCAACGAAACGCUAACCUGGUGAAGGUAACAGCCUUAUCUACCAAAGGGCAGGUCACUAUGACUCUAUAGGCCGGAUCACGGCGAAAGAACUGGAAUGGCGACAUCCCAAUCACCUCUAUCGUCGGCCAUCUCAGAAAAAUUCUUCAUCUCCUAUGCAUUCACCCAGUGCGAAGUCCUUCUCAAGGAACUGUGAACAAUGAGUGGCCUCAUUUUUUUUUACAGCAACAGUAACGACCAUUACAAAUGGACCUAUCAAGCAAGGCCAGUUUGUUUAGCAAUACAGUAAUAAUAUAGAAUAUAUGAGUUUGGCUGACAAUGUAAAUAAUACCACAGCAACCAGGUGUAUGACGUGUAUAGGUUAGUAAUAAUGACAAUUAACAAUCCGAGGAAGAGGAAGGAAAUAGGCAAUAAACCAAGUAAGAUAAAUAGGGAUAAAAUCAUCAUUUUUUACCACGUCGUCGAAUUAUUAUUGUAUCAAACGACAGUUUGAUUCAGGCACGCGGACUCGUACAUAAUAUAUUAUUCUAAGUAAUGAAAUGAUAAUAUUAUAAUAUUUAUAAUGACGACAAUAAGGUAGACUAGAGAAAGUGUGAAGGUGAAAUGGCCAUUGGUAUUAACAGACGUUGUGUCGACGAUAGUAAUGAAUAACAGUCCCACUCGUAAAAUGGAAUCGACGACUAUACUUGUUGUUAUUUUUAUUACUAUUAUCACUAUAUUGAGGUUCUAACGUAAAGAGGAAAUUUAGCCUAAACAACGUCUUCAUAAAACGAGCUAUUAUGUGGAGACGUAUGAAUCGCUAAUGCCUUCACCCUGUGAUGACCGAUGUAGAUAUGUAGUAGAGACGAAAAUGAUACAAAAAUCGUCAUAUUGUAUUAUUGUUGGAAUGGUUAAACAUUAUCGGAUAUGUUCGUAGACUGAUAUCUAGUAGAGAUUUCUAAUUUUGUCGUAGUCGAGUACAAAUGUAUAAAAACAACCACGGUCAAUUCUGUCCUUUUUAACGUUCCACAGAUCGACAACAGUAGAAUAUGAACAUUAAACAUACAUUAAACAUGAUGUUAUUGUGUUUGUCCUGCAAAUUUUAACUUCUCUUGUAGCCAUUGUUUGCUCCGGCAGUGAGACCGUGAUCGUUGCGCUUGACGUCGCAAAGUACAGCAAAAUUCUGUUUAACUAAUAGAUUUAAAAUGAGUGCAACGUAAGUCUCUUUCUCUGUUUUUUGGAAACAAGUAAAGGGUCUGCAUUUUGUAAACUGAAUGGUUUUCAACAGUCAUUUGAACUUAGUUACUUAGCUACGCAGUCUUAUUUAUUUCGCUAUGUCUUAUUUAGUUCCACAAAUGCUGUCGUUUCGGAUAGGAAUGAACGGUUUUUAAGCCUAUUCCUGUACGUGAUGAGAAAAAAUCAGAUCUAUCAUCGACUUUGUUCCACUAUGAUCUCUCAUUCAGCCUCGUUGCUUCUUGCACGCUUCAUGAAGUAUAGCUGCGUUAAUUAUAUGUAUUUCUAUCGAUAAUAACAAAACAUAACAAUAAUGAUAUUUCUGAGAGGAGUUCCUUGAACCAAUUGCAAGUACAAUGGUGGCCUAGGCACUGCAUAGCGAACAGUCAACCUGUUAUCAUCAUUUUCACAAACAGCCACGGCUUCAUCGAGAAGAGACACAAACACUUAUGGACAUGUUCGUACAGACGCUUUGUAAAACAGCUAAUUACCUUACGUGAGUCAUCGCCACCGGUUCUUAUCGACUAGCACUGCCAAAUAGAGUA